AUGUGUCACACACGUGUAUGGGCAUCCAUGCGUCUACAUGGAUGUCUUUUGUCGCCGUUAACUUCAGUAUCUAUGUGUCACCCUUUCUGGCUGCAAUUUUUUGUUUGUUCUUUUCAUCUCUUCCUUGACACCGUGGCGCGAGUGUCAUUCACCGGUUUGAAAAGCUUAACCCAUCGUAAUCGAUUGGUGGGUGUCGCAAUGUUUUCCGGUCCUGCUGAAGUUUAUUACACUAAAAGCAUACAAAACAAUCAUAGACAGUUGCGCCGCAACGUUGGAGGAGCACAGCCAGGUCGCGGUAUAUAUUACUCCCUGCUUGCUGUUUUGCUCGUAGUUACAUUCAUCAAGACUGCCAGCGCGAUGCUAGAAAGAGUGCGAGUGGGUAUCGAUAUGAUAAGAUCAAGGGAGAUGGCCAUGGUUGAGUCCGAGAAUCCUCGUGUCAUUGUGGUGGGCGGUGGUCUCGCGGGUUUGUCCGCGGCCAUCGAAGCUGCAGGAUGCGGUGCUCAGGUUGUGCUUAUGGAGAAGGAGGCGAAGCUCGGAGGCAACAGCGCCAAGGCGACAUCUGGUAUCAACGGAUGGGGCACACGUGCUCAGGCGAAGGCAAGCAUUGUGGAUGGUGGGAAAUACUUCGAGCGUGACACAUACAAGUCUGGUAUCGGGGGUAACACCGAUCCUGCCCUUGUGAAGACACUUUCUAUGAAAAGUGCUGACGCUAUUGGGUGGCUGACCUCGUUGGGUGUACCGCUGACGGUAUUGUCACAGCUUGGGGGUCACAGCCGCAAGCGCACACAUCGGGCACCGGAUAAGAAAGAUGGUACACCUCUACCUAUCGGAUUUACAAUCAUGAAAACCCUCGAGGAUCACGUGCGUGGUAACCUUUCUGGCCGCAUCACCAUAAUGGAAAACUGCAGUGUAACGUCGUUGCUCAGUGAGACGAAGGAACGGCCAGAUGGCACUAAACAGAUACGAGUUACUGGUGUGGAGUUCACGCAGGCUGGCAGUGGGAAGACGACCAUACUUGCAGAUGCUGUCAUCCUUGCCACUGGUGGAUUUUCUAACGACAAAACUGCAGACUCCCUGCUUCGUGAGCACGCCCCGCACUUGGUCAACUUCCCUACGACGAAUGGCCCGUGGGCGACAGGUGAUGGCGUGAAACUUGCACAGCGACUUGGCGCUCAACUGGUGGAUAUGGACAAGGUCCAGUUGCAUCCGACAGGCCUCAUCAACCCGAAGGAUCCAGCGAACCCUACAAAGUUCCUUGGACCUGAGGCGCUACGUGGAUCCGGUGGCGUUUUGUUAAACAAGCAAGGCAAGCGCUUCGUUAAUGAACUUGACCUCCGUUCUGUGGUAUCGAAAGCCAUCAUGGAACAGGGUGCGGAAUAUCCUGGAUCGGGUGGUAGCAUGUUCGCCUACUGUGUGUUGAAUGCUGCGGCGCAGAAGCUCUUUGGUGUCAGCUCACACGAGUUCUACUGGAAGAAGAUGGGUCUCUUCGUGAAGGCUGACACCAUGAGGGACCUCGCUGCACUCAUUGGGUGCCCAGUGGAAUCUGUGCAGCAGACGCUGGAGGAGUACGAGCGGCUCUCCACAUCACAGCGUUCCUGCCCCAUCACGCGCAAGAGCGUCUAUCCGUGCGUGCUCGGCACUAAGGGCCCCUACUACGUCGCCUUCGUGACACCUUCGAUUCACUACACAAUGGGUGGAUGUCUCAUCUCGCCUUCUGCUGAAAUACAAAUGAAGAACACAUCAUCACGCGCUCCACUGAGUCACAGCAACCCAAUCCUCGGGUUAUUUGGUGCCGGUGAGGUAACGGGUGGUGUGCACGGUGGGAACCGGUUGGGCGGCAAUUCGCUGCUUGAGUGCGUCGUGUUUGGGAGAAUUGCGGGGGCGAGUGCAGCGAAUGCUAAAUAUCACAAUGAGACUCACCUUUGGAACAACCGAUGGGCUAAGAUGGUAGUUGAAAGCGUUCUUGACGACACGAACGGGUAUCAGUGGUUAUAUUUCAGGCUUCCAAGCACGCUCCAGCGUUCGGGUGUGGGACCACUGCAAGCAGUUGUGUUACGGGAGAUGGAGGGGGAAGGCAGGUUGGAUGUCCGUAUUCCAUUUACGGUGCCUGGGGACGUUGGCGUUGUUGGUAUUAUGGUUUAUUCCAACGACGAGAACAGUUCCAUGGGGUGGUUAACUGCGCUGCUGCCCGGCGGAAUGGUGGAGAUGAAAGCGGGGGUACAAGUCGACGCCAACUAUGAAAGGAUCCUGGCGCUUCCCCGGAAGGUAAUUAUCGCCACUCGUGAUGGCGUGGCGCCGAUGGUCCAAAUGAUUAGAGCAGCCUUGCAUGAAGCGAAGGACGAACCUGCGCUUCAAAUAAUUUACAUCGCAGAACGUGUCGCGACGAUUCCCCAGCGUGAAAAGUUGGAGCAGCUUCAAAGGGAUCAUCCGAACAAGUUUAAGUUCACUUUCGUUGUGCACGAUCCGCCCCCGCUUUGGACCGGAGGUGUCAACAUCAUGGAGGAAAUAUCUAAAUCUGUGUUCCCUGAUGCGAGUCUGGGCGUUUUCCUAUUCGCUAGUGCGACCGAGUCCGCAUCACUGCAAGUUCAGCUGUUGGAGUUGGGGCAUAACAAAUCAAACAUAGUCACUCUUUGA